AUGGCACCUCCUUCAUCGCGUGGAAGCUCUGAUGACGACGACAUUCGAGUACUGAUCUCCAAGCUCGCUCCCAAGUUGAAAAAGGCCAACCUCAUGCUGUUGCCAUCAACGACUUCAGAAGUUCCCGUGCUAGAACCAAUCCAAGCUUACGAUCCAAGCCCUGGAAAUGCUGACAAGUAUUUAAACUCUCCACUUCAUGCUGACGUGUUGCUUCACGUAAAGGCCGACGAGAGAAUCAUGACAUUCUAUGCUCACUGGUCAUAUGUCUGCCAUACUCCAUGGUUUGCUCAACGUAAAGAGCCAGGUGUUACUACGAUUGAGGUGAAUGUACCUAGUUCUCGACUAUUCCUUGAGGCAUUGCGAUAUAUAUAUUGCAACACUAUGGAAGCUCGAUGGUAUACUGCAGACAACAUUAUGGAAAUUUUUGCCAAUGCUUUAUUCUUUGACUUGCAACCUGUGAUUCAUGCUUGUAUCGCAGAGUUUCCUCGAGCUCGCUUAAGCGUCAUUCAGCAAAAGAGCGAAUGGUUUCACCACUCACGUUUUGGAAUUGACCACUUGCGAGGAUUCUGUGCUUCUGUUAUGGCUGCUUCAUCUUCAGACUUUAUUUGUAUUAUCGAAAUGUGUCUUGUAUACUCUCAAGGAGGAAAUGUGGAUUCGAAGGCCAUACACGACUUGAUCAUCAAGAGUACACCUCGUCCUCCAUACAAACCCAUUCCAGUGACUACUCUGACUGAAUAUCGACGUCGCUUUGGAUCGUCUUUCAAUACUUUACCAGCUUCAACUGUUUUAGAAUCAGCUCGCUCUGUAUCUCACAAACUGGUUAAGCUGGAAUCGAGGGUUGCUCUCUUACAAACCGAACUUGAAAAGGCUUCUACCUCAACUCAGGAAGUAGAAUGCAUGAAUUGUCGUUGCGUCUUGCCUCUCGCUGUCUUUACGAGCAAGAAGAGCACCUGCCCUCUCUUGACACACACGUCGGGCUUUGACUCGUCGAAGUACUUGUGCUGUGGCAGCUUGGGACAUGUAAAGGGUUGUGUCAUCGAGUAUCGUAAGCAUGUGAUGGCAUAG